GCCGUUUUAUCAAUCUCCUCCGCCUGGUCUUCAGCAAUCUCCUCCGCCUUGUCUUUGGCCGAAGAAGAAAGGGAAGAAAAUGGUCCUGCCGAACGACUACGAUCUGCUCAACCCACCGCCUUCUCUUGAGAAGAGCAAGCACAAGCUCAAGCGCCUAAUUCCAACGCCAAACUCUUUCUUUAUGGACGUCAAAUGCCCGGGCUGCUUCAACAUAAUGACGGUGUUCAGCCACUCGACGAUGGUGGUUAUGUGCAGCAACUGCCAGACGGUGUUGUGCCAGCCUACGGGUGGGCGCGCCAGGCUCACCGAGGGCUGCUCCUUCCGGCUGAAGGGCGAGUCAUCACCAUCAACGUGAUGAAAUGCGAGUAUAAAAAUUUGUUUUUUUGGUUAUUUGUUUGAAUUUCUUUUGAAUUUUGCUGGGAUUACUGUUAUUUUUCUUCCAAUUUAUAUCCAUUUUGAACUUGUUUUUUUUAGGGUUUAUUGGUUUCGGUGCUGUUGUUUGGUAACAGACUUAUAUAUUAUACCUAGUUUGCAUUUUUGAGAUUUAAAA